CCCGGCGAGAGGACCGGCGGAGGCGCCUCUCUCUGGCCUCGGACUGCAGAGUCUGAGACUCGGCGAGAGGAGCCCGGGCAGACGGCCCUUGGCUCCCCGUUCUCACCCCUGCUUUUUGCUCCCACAGGCAAGCGGAGGCGCGGAGCUCUGGAAAGUUCCCAAGUGCCCAGGAAGCAGCCCUCGCGCAUCGGCGCCGCUUUCUGCAGAGCCAGAGAGCGGGUCGGCUUCCCGGUGUGCGCCUAAGAGAAUGGAUCGGAGGUCCCGGGCUCAGCAGUGGCGCCGAGCUCGCCAUAACUACAACGACCUGUGCCCGCCCAUAGGCCGCCGGGCAGCCACCGCACUCCUCUGGCUGUCCUGCUCCAUCGCGCUCCUCCGCGCCCUCGCCACCUCCAGCGCCCGCGCCCAGCAGCGCGCGGCCGCCCAGCGCCGAAGCUUCCUGAACGCCCAUCACCGCACCGCUGCCCAGGUAUUCCCCGAGUCCCCCGACUCCGAAUCUGACCACGAGCACGCGGAGGAGGCACACGUCGACCUGUCCCUCCCCGAGUGCCUCGAGUUCGAGGGAGAAGAGUUCGACUACGAGAGCGAGCCCGAGACCGAGUCAGAAAUCGAGUCCGAGACCGACGUGGAGACCGAGCCCGAGACCGCCCCCGCCACCGAGCCUGAGACCGAGCCGGAAGACGAGCGUGGCCCCGCGGUGCCCAAGGGCUCCGCCUUCAACCAGUCUCUCACCCAGCGCCUGCAGGCUCUGAAGCUGCGGAGCCCCGACGCCUCGCCGCGCCGCGCGCAGCCCAUCGCCCAGGAGCCCCCCAGCCCCAGGGAGGGGGAGGAGCCCGGGCGCGCGGCCGAGAAUCCGAGCGACCCCGCAGAAUCAGAGCCCAAAGCGAAGAAGAAGCAGCAGCGCCGCUGCCGACCCAAGAAGCCCACCCGCCGCGACCCGUCCCCGGAGUCCCCUUCCAAAAAGGGGCCCAUCCCCAUCCGGCGUCACUAAUGGAGGACGCCGUCCAGAUUCUCCUGGUUUUCAUGGAU